CCCUGCGAUGUUAGAAGAGAGCCAGGAUGGUAUGGACAGUGGUAGCCUGACUCCUGGCCCAGGUUCAGCUCGACAGGUCUGCAUUCAGCGCCACCCCAGCCAAGGCUUCGGAUUCAUAGCAGGCAGCCAGAGACCAGUCAUCAUACGCUCCGUCUCUGCAGGUAGGGUGGGAUCUGUGUGUGUGUAUGUGUGAGUGUGUGUGAGUGAGUGUGUGUGUGUGUGUGUGUGUGUGUGUGUGUGUGUGUGUGUGUGUGUAUGUGUGUGUGUGUGUGUGUGUAUGUGUGUGUGUAUGAGAGAGAGCGAGAAAGCAAGAGAUAGAUAGAGAGAUGAUAUAUGAGUGUUGUCAGUUUGAUGUCUUUGUCUGUGUGUCCGUCCGUUACUCAUAGACUAAGCAUUCCUCUGUCUGUGUGUGUAUGCUGUCCCCAGACGGCCCCUCCAUCGGCAAGCUUCUCCCUGGAGACCAGAUCCUGGCCAUCAAUGAGGAGGUGGUGAGCGAGGCUCCCCGGGAGAGAGUCAUAGACCUUGUAAGGUAACAUCCUUUAUAUCACCACAGGGGGGGGGGUCAAGGGGCGGUGGGUUUGGCGAGGAAGGUUUGGGGGGGGCUUUGGUGGGAACGUUUUUCUAAGCUCCUUCAAUGUGUGAACUCUCACAACACAUAAGAGCAGAAUAUCUGCAGUAAAUUAAGCAGCAGCAGUACAGCGGUGAUCGCUCUGUGUGUUUGAAGGCAGUAAAUGCAGCAGCAGUACAAUCAAUUUCAAUCCAUUUUAUUUUAUAUAGCCCUUCUUACAUCAGCUAAUAUCUCGAAGUGCUGUACAGAAACCCAGCCUAAAACCCCAAACAGCUAGUAAUGCAGGUGUAGAAGCACGGUGGCUAGGAAAAACUCCCUAGAAAGGCGAAAACCUAGGAAGAAACCUAGAGAGGAACCAGGCUAUGAGGGGUGGCCAGUCCUCUUCUGGCUGUGCCGGGUGGAGAUUAUAACAGAACCAUGCCAAGAUGUUCAAAAAUGUUCAUAAGUGACAAGCAUGGUCAAAUAAUAAUCAGGAAUAAAUCUCAGUUGGCUUUUCAUAGCCGAUCAUUAAGAGUUUGAAAACAGCAGGUCUGGGACAGGUAGGGGUUCCAUAACCGCAGGCAGAACAGUUUAAACUGGAAUAGCAGCAAGGCCAGGCGGACUGGGGACAGCAAGGAGUCACCACGGCCGGUAGUCCCGACGUAUGGUCCUAGGGCUCAGGUCUCUCAGUUGGCUUUUCAUAGCCGAUCAUUAAGAGUUGAAAACAGCAGGUCUGGGACAGGUAGGGGUUUCGUAGCCGCAGGCAGAACAGUUGAAACUGGAAUAGCAGCAAGGCCAGGCGGACUGGGGACAGCAAGGUGUCAUCAUGCCCGGUAGUCCUGACGUAUGGUCCUAGGGCUCAGGUUCUCGGAGAGAAAGAGAGAACGAGAGAAUUAGAGAGAGCAUACUUAAAUUCACACAGGACACUGGAUAAGACAGGAGAAGUACUCCAGGUAUAACCAACUAACCCCAGCCCCCCGACACAUAAACUACUGCAGCAUAAAUACUGGAGGCUGAGACAGGAGCGGUCCGGAGACACUGUGGCCCCAUCCGAAGAAACCCCCGGACAGGGCCAAACAGGAAGGAUAUAACCCCACCCACUCCGCCAAAGCACAGCCCCCGCACCACUAGAGGGAUAUCCCCAACCACCAACUUACAAUCCUGAGACAAGGCCGAGUAUAGCCCACAGAGGUCUCCACCACAGCACAAACCAAGGGGGGGGGGGGCGCCAACCCAGUACAGAGGUGAUCGCUCUGUGUGUUUGAAGGCAGUAAAUGCAGCAGCAGUACAGCGGUGAUCGCUCUGUGUGUUUGAAGGCAGUAAAUGCAGCUGCAGUACAGCGGUGAUCGCUCUGUGUGUUUGAAGGCAGUAAAUGCAGCAGCAGUACAGCGGUGAUCACUCUGUGUGUUUGAAGGCUGAAGUCAUGGAGAAAUAGUCCAUCUGUAAGCCUCACAUGUUCCAUAGAAACAUAAUGAGACAGAUGAGUAAUUGAAUCACAGAGAACAGAGAGGAGGUCUAGCAGGUAAAAACAGAACAGUUUCUUCCAAUGCCACAGCUCUAGUGUUACCUAACCCACUCCACACUCCUCUCUCCUCUCCUGUCCUCUCUAUAGACGCUGCAAAGACUCCAUAGUUCUCACUGUGCUGCAGCCUCACCAGGUAACAAUACACAGCUUUCGCUCACCGUUUCCCUCUCACCCCUUUCUCCUUGAAGUUCUCAAGCUCUAUCUGUAUCUCUUUAUCCCUCCAUGUCUCCUCUCUCUCUGUCUCCCUCUCUCUGUCUCCCUCUCUCACACACACAAAGCAACAACACAUCCAGUUCUCUCUCUCAUUCUCUGUCUCAUUCUCAUCUCUCUCUCUCUCUCUCUCUCUCUCUCUCUCUCUCUCUCUCUCUCUCUCUCUCUCUCUCUCUCUCUCUCCUCUCCUCUCUCUCUCUCUCCUCAUCUCUCCUCUCUCCGUCUCUCUCUCUCUCUCUCUCUCUCUCUCUCUCCUUCAUUCUCGCUCUCCCUCAUCCUCUCUAUCUCCUUCAUUCUCUCUCCCUCGUUCUCUCUCUCCCUCAUUCUCUCUCUCUCCCUCAUUCUCCCCCUCUCUCAUUCUCUCUCCUUCAUUCUCUCUCUCUCUAUUUUUACUGUGUGUCAUGUGAUUGUCAGUAAGUACUCUUCACACACACUAAAAACAAAUGGUUUUAUAUACUGCCAAAUAAGGGUUAUUUGGCUUGUAACCAUAGCUGAACCCUUUUGGUGCUAUAUGGAUUUCAAGGUUCUAGAAAGAACCAUGCUCAUAAGGUUCUAAAUGGAACAUGUAUGGUGCUAUAUAAAGAACUAUUUUCGAAGGUUCUAUAAAGAACCAUAAAAAAAAAGGUUGUACUGUAUAUAGCACCAAAAAAGGGUUCCGCUAUGGUUACAAUCCUUUCUUGGGCUAUAUAGAAACCUUUUUUAUGGUUCUUUAUAGAACCUUUAUGGAGAACGGAGCUAAACUGAGUGUACAAAAUAUUAGGAACACCCCCUUUUGCGCUCAGAACAGCCUCAAUUCAUCAGGGCAUGGACUCUCCAAGGUGUUGAAAGUAUUCCACAGGGAUAGUGGCCCAUGUUGAUCCCAAUGGUUCCCACAGUUGUGUCAAGUUGCCGUGAAAAAUCCAGCAGCAUUACAGUUCUUGACACAGGCACUUACAUCUUUUGUCUUGCCCAUUCCCCCUCUGAAUGGCACACACACAAUCAUGUCUCAAUUGUCUCAAGGCUUAAAAAUCCUUCUUCAACCUGUCUCCUCUCCUUCAUCUACACUGAUUGAAGUGUAUUUAACAAGUGACAUCAAUAAGGGAUCAUAGCUUUCACCUGGUCAGUCUAUGUCAUGGAAAGAGCCAUACGUAUCAUACCUGCUUUAAUAGCCAUAUUAUAUUGUUAAAAUUCCAUAGGUUGUACUGUGUUUAUCGACAAGUUGAAUGGCUGGGGUUCCCUGAAGAGAGACUUGAGAACUACUGACUUAGUCAACCGUUCUCAAUUGACACAAGGCCAUACGUGAGUCUUUCACAAGACACCGUCACUGGCCAUAGUCAUACACAACAUGUACUAGCAUAACACAACAGAUUAGAUCAACUGGAAUGACACUCUCACUCACAGUUGCACAAAAAGAGCUGUGAACAAACCACUCCCCAAUAUAUUCGAAUGAGCUGCCGCCCGUAAAUUCAGUGGUGGAAAAGUAACCAAUUGCCAUACUUGAGUAAAAGUAAAGAUACCCUAAUAGAAAAUGACUCAAGUAAAAGUGAAAGUCUAAAGUAAAUUACUACUUGAAUAAAAGUCUAAAAGUAUUUGGUUUUACAUAUACUUAAGUAUCAAAACUAAAUGUAAUUGCUAAAAUAUACUUAACUAUCAAAAGUUAAAGUAUAAAUCCUUUCAAAUACCUUAUAUUAAGCAAACCAGAUGGCAUCAAUAGAUUUUUUAGUUAGGGAUAGCUAGGGGCACACUCCAACACUCAUAGAACACUCAUAGAACCAUAAUUUACAAACAAAGCAUUUGUUUUUAGUGAGUCCACCAGCUCAGAGGCAAUAGGAAUAACCAGGGAUGUUCUCUUGAUAAGUGUGCGAAUUGGACCAUUUUCCUGUCCUGCUAAGCAUUCAAAAUGUAAUGAGUACUUCUUCAGGGAAAAUGUAUGUAGUAAAAAGUACAUUAUUUUCUUUAGGAAUGUAGUGAAGUAAAAGUAGUCAAAAAUAUAAAUAGUAAAGUACGGUACAGAUACCCCAAAAAACGACUUAAGUAGUACUUUAAAGUAUUUUUACUUAAGUACUUUACACCACUGCAUACAUUUUAAUUAUCACUAAAAGAGGAAUUAACCCUUUUUUGAACUGCAAAGAACCAUUGGGCUCAAAGGGUUAUUUGGGUCAGUAUGGUUCCACAUAGAACCAUAACACUUCCCAAAGAACCCUUGAGGAACCCUCAUGUUUUAGUGUGCUGUGCUACUGAACACAAUCACCUCUAUAGGUUACAUGGCUACUGUUAGGAUUUCUCGUCUCAACAGUCUGUUUCAAAAGCACUGUUUUAUGCCCAAACACGUAUCAGUUAUUUUGUUGCCUUCGUGAUUACAGACUCAUGCUCAGCCAGUCAUGUAAUGAAACGUUCAUGGAAAACGUCCCAAUUAUUUAACCAUCUAACUAAAUCAAGUUUUUGCCGAACAUAACAAAAUGGUUUCAAAACAUAAAAUCAAAUGAAAACUUUUCUCAUUUGUUUAAUUUGAUUGUUAAUGCAGUGAAUAAACCCUAAAUGUCUUCUAAGCUAUGGAGACAGACAGAGAUGCUGUUUUUUCUUUCCUAUCUUCUCUUCCAGUCACCUGUUUCCUCUCUUCUCUUCCAGUCACCUCUUCCCUCUCUUCUCUUCCAGUCACCUGUUUCCUCUCUUCUCUUCCAGUCACCUGUUUCCUCUCUUCUCUUCCAGUCACCUCUUCCCUCUCUUCUCUUCCAGUCACCUGUUUCCUCUCUUCUCUUCCAGUCACCUCUUCCCUCUCUUCUCUUCCAGUCACCUGUUUCCUCUCUUCUCUUCCAGUCACCUCUUUCCUCUCUUCUCUUCCAGUCACCUGUUUCCUCUCUUCUCUUCCAGUCACCUGUUUCCUCUCUUCUCUUCCAGUCACCUAAGUCAGCCUUUAUAAGUGCAGCUAAGAAGGCCCAUCUGAGAACCAACCCGCCCAAAGUGCGCUUUUCAGAACAAGUGUCCUUCAGUGACCCAGACUCAGUAAGUACCACUCCGCUGGUGAUCCUUCUCUCACACCUGCAGUCUUGUUUCUAUCUCUCUCUCCAUGUCUGUCUUCCUCUCUGUCCUUCUCACUUUCUCAAUAGUUAAUACGCUCUCUAUUUUUCUCUAACACAAUUUCUCUCACUAUUCAGUCUUUCUCCACGUCCCUCUAAAACAUUCUCCUCUGUUUAUUCUCUCUUUACCCUGGGCCUGGGCCUGUCUCCCCGGCUGAUUAAACAUGGCCGUUCUCCUCUGUUUAUUCUCUCUUUACCCUGGGCCUGGGCCUGUCUCCCCGGCUGAUUAAACAUGGCCGAACAUCCUCUUCCUCUCCAUCACCGUGUUUGUAUUUUGGGUAGCUGACUACCUGCACCAUACAAAACAGCCUUGGGUCCAACACAGUGUAGCUUUUCGACUAUAAAUUGUUCUCCUCCAGAUCGAUGUCCCCUCUCGCUGG